GGUUCCCUCACAAAGCGAACAAAUCUGAGAGGUUAAAUAAGUAAAUACUAAAUCAAACGGGGCGCGUGAUAUCCGAGGCAAAUCCGGACGCUUCCAAGCUCCACCCCAACCCACCCCACCCAGGGCAAAGGACCCCCCACCCCCACCGCUGCCUCCUCCUCCUCCGGUCCUUCCCCUCCUCCUCGAUCCCUCAGCCAGGUCGCCUCCUCCCCCACCCCCGCCUCGUCCGCGGCCCGCGCCUGGAUUGCCGCAGCCCCCAUCGGUGACCGCGCCGCGGAGCUCUCGAUUCGCCGGGGAGAGAGAUCGGCCGUUGCUGCUAGGCCAUCAUCAGUCGCCGGCGCCGGAUAGGCAGGCAGGCAGGCAGUUUCUCAGAGGCUGUUUCUUGCAAUUUUUGGGAGGGGAGCAUUUGAUCCGAGCGUUGGUCCCGGGGUCAAAGUGGGAGCCAGAGAUUUUGUCUCUUGAUGCUUUAGAGGCGUUGUUUUUCCAGUUCUGAUGGAAGCCAACAAGGGAGCGAGCGAGCGGGAUGCUCUGAUCGACCUGGAGAGCGGGAACAACGUCCUUAUUAGCGAGCAUGGCCAUGGAAUGGAUGCUAAUUUUGCAGUGAGCCCACCAAGAACGCCGCCAAAUGGCGGGCUGAGUCGCGUCAUGCACACCAAGGAUGACGGGAAUCAACACAUGGAUUGUUCCUCGCCCGCUAUGGAAACCGCUUCCAAGAAUGGAGAUGACAGGAAGUCCGAGGGGGAGGAGAAGCUGGGCCUUCUGGACAGUUCUGGAGGUGAGAAGGCAAAGAAGAAGCGGUCCAGCUCCAAGAAACCACCGCGGCCACCAAGGCCGCCGACGCAUUUGCCGUUGGAUGCUUCUGACCAGAAGCUCCUCAAUGAGCUGAAUGAGCUUGCUUUGUUGAAGCGGGCAAGGAUUGAGCGGAUGAAGGCUUUGAAGAAGAUGAAGAAUGGCAAACAGGGUUCCUCAAAUAGCAACUUCUGUCCCAUGAUCAUCACCAUUAUUUUCUGCCUCGUCAUACUCUGGCAAGGGUUUUGCUCAAGGCAAGCAUCUGGAGUAAGCUUCCACGGAUCACCUGAAUCUUCGGUUAGAGAACAUAGCAGCCUGAUCUCCAUUCGGUUCUACAAGAAGAACCAUUCUAACGUCAGACCUCACGCGUCCACAUCUGCGGCUCCCAACAACUACGAAACGCACCACCGGGGCUGGAGAUCCGUCCCCAGGGGGGAAAGGCCGCGGCACGAGCACGUCGGCCGGGCUUGACCGCCGGCCGCCAUGACACGCCCUCCCCGCCCGCCAUUUUGAAAGCUCCCUCCCACCGACAGGCCGGCCGAUGUAAAUCCACGACGAGGCUUUGUUUUGUUUAGCGCACCUCGAGGAGGCCUCGCUGUAAAUGAACCCUCUCUAGCGUGUGUGCGGCGUCCCCCCGCCGGGUUCUACGCAUGCUAACCAGUGGAGUGGACUUUCCUGGCGGCCAUGGCGCCACCUGGUAAGUCUCGAGCGCAAGCUGUAUAAUGACGAUGACGGUUUCAAUCAGUAAUAAUAAGGCUUGCUUAGUUGGUGUUGAUGAUGAUAAUAGUAGUCUAAUCUGACAUGGUCCUGAGCUGAAGCUGGCGUGGCUCACACUGUUGACUGCUGGGAGUGUCACUGGCUCUGGGCGGUGGCGGUGGGCGGUGGGCGUUGGGCGGCGUGGAUCCCUACGCUGUAGUACGUGUACAGCACGGCGGUUGCAUUUGUUAUUUGUGUACAAUAAUGGAGUGUCAAUGAUGGUUUUAAGCAAUCAGAUUCGAUUCAGAUCCA